GAUUAUUUAAACUCUCUUGCCAAAAUAUAUUAAAAAGAGGCUAAGAAACACAAAUGUUUUCACUGUCAAAAUUUAUGUUGCUUCUUUUUAUGUAACGUUUUAACAGAUUACAACGGUAAGUGAUGGAUGGUUUCCGCUUUAUACCAUUGAGAUUGGUUCCCCGGUUCAGUUUGGCAAAUGCCGGAACAGAUUUGUUUUUGAUGGUCAAAAUGAGGAAUUCUUUAAGGAAGAUACUUGUUUCAUUAUAGAUAGCCAAACAUGUGAGACGUUCGUGGAGACUAUGAUUAUCACAGAGGACGAUUGUGGAAGAGUUCGACUCGUUAGUGUAAAUGGAACAAGUGAGGAAACCGCUUACAGUCAAGAUUUAAACAAAUACUUCUGGCGGGAAAUAUGCUAUGAUCAAAAUGAGGCUGGAGUGUGUGUAGGUGGAUACUUCAUUGACCUUGUGGUAAAAACCGACAGACGCAUCAUUACCGAGGAUGGCGAUUCCGUUGAUCUGACAUCAGUUCCUUGGGCUUCUAUAGCUGCAGAUCUAAAGACAGUUUUUGGAAGAGAUUUUAAAGAUCCGGAACUUCGGUUUGAAGAAAUUGGAAAGGGCUGUAUCUUCUAGAAAACCCACCACAUCUUCAACGUUUUCCUGGACUGUGCAUGAUGUUGUCUAUAUUGUGCUGAGUAAACUGGACAGGAAAUAUUUGUUUUAGUGUAAGGAUUAUCAAAUUCUUUAAUAUACGGAUAAAUACACUGCCUGCUUUUUUAAAACUUACUGACAGCUGAUAUAAGAAGAUUGCAAACAACAUCAUGUUUUUAAAACUACAUGCCUAUAUUUACUUAUUCUAAUUGAAAUAUACAUUAUGUGUGAAUACAUAAGAAAGUUUACUUUACAUCAGUUAAGUGAGGUUUUUGCAGUUAACACAAAAAGGAAGUAUAUCCAUUAAUUAUUUUGCGGUCCUCUGUAUUGAUGGUUCAACACAGAUGGACAUGAUGUUUACUGUUAUUGAUGAUGAACAAGUGCAAAUUAGCUUCACUUUAUAGUUUUUCAUCAAAAAUAUUGACAGGAAAGAACAUCAAAGCUUUAAUUGUAUCUUAAAUGUACUAACAUAUUUCUGGAUAUUAUAAAGGUACAUUUUAAGCUGAAAUACAGGCUAUAGGAUCAAAAUAGCUGAUACAUAUGAUAUCAAAGAAAAGUCAUUGAAGUUAU